AUGACUAUCUCUCAUCAAGAAACGAAAGGCGGGAGUCCUCUUUUUACAAAUCAUUGGGGACCUGAACGAAGUGUCGUGUUACACAAAUCAUAUGGAGGAAGUUUGGGGUUCAGUAUUAUUAGUGGAAAGAUUGGAGACAGAAUAUUAGAAGCUAAUGAUGAAGAUUUAAGAAUUGUGCCGUAUGAAUUUGCUGUUAAUGCAAUUAAAAAUUCCGGUGAUACGCUGAGAUUGGUAGUACAAUCUUUCAUAUCAUCGGACAAUAAUAAUGUAAAUAAAAAUCCACCUGUACCUCGUCGUUCAACGGUAAAAAGAUCGAUAAAAAUUUUAGAUAAAUCUAAAUCUGUUACGAAAUCACAAAGCAUCGAAGGUCCCACGGAAGCCACAAGCAAUCAUGUUGAGGAAGGUCAGAGAGAGAAAAAAAAGUAUAGCUCCGGAAGCGAUUCUGAAAGUGAAGAAGAUGAACGGCAAUUGGAAGGAAAUGUCAUUACAGAAGCUGGAAAAGAAAUAUCUAGGAAAAGUGCUGCUUAUCUCAAAAAAACUGAAACGGAUCAAGAAGAAGAAGACGAUUAUGGAUAUACGAUGAUGAAAAUAAAUAAAAAGUACAAAAAUUUAGGAAGUAAUGUCUUAUUGGUAAGAUUAGAGAAAGAAGGCCGAGAUUAUGGAAUAGCUCUUGCUGGUCACACAGAUAGAAAGAAAAUGAGUACUUUUAUUUGUGGUUUGAAUCCAAAAGGUGCAGCAUAUAAAACUGGACUAUUUAAAGUAGGGGAUGAAAUUAUAGAGGUAAAUGGCCAAGUUCUAAAAGGACGAUGUCAUUUAAAUUCUGUAGUUGUAAUUAGAAAACUACUCGACACCACACUGACCAUGGUUUUAUAUCGGUCACCUAAACAAAAUGAUUAUGUAGCAAUAGAUGAAGUUCAUCAGUUUCCUCCUACACUAGAAGAGAGUGAUUUAUACAGUCAAUAUGAAAAUGUCCAUACAGUAACCGUAAAAAAGGGUACAUACGGAAUGGGAAUUAUGAUAAUUCACGGUAAACAUCCUGAAUUAGGACAAGGUAUAUUUGUAUCUGAUAUUCAAGAAGGAAGUACAGCAGAAGUGGCUGGUCUACAAGUUGGUGAUUUACUAUUAGGAGUUAAUUCUGAUACUUUGUUGGAAACCAAACAGGAUGAAGCUACAAAUAUUCUUAAACAAUGUGAAGGGUUGGUAACAUUAAUAGUAUGUAGUCCCAAAGGUAAAGAACCUCCACAAAGUGUCGCACAGGAAACUCAAGGAGGCGAUAAACCUGCUGGAGCUGCUGCUCCUGAAGGAGAAAAACCGAAACCGGUAGAACCACCGAAGCCUGUUAAAAAACAAAUGAAUAUAGAAUUUUCAAAAUCAAAUGAUAAACCUCUUGGAUUUACAAUUGUUGGUGGAAAUGAUACUCCAAUCGGUGCUAUAUUUGUUUUGGAUGUCAAUUCAGAUACUCCAAUCGGCACAGAAGAUACUUUCUUGCAAAAAGGCGAUCAAAUUCUUGAAGUUGGGGCUGAUAAAUUCAAUAAUGUUGAUAAUCAUAAAGCAACAUUAAUAAUUAUAGGCUCUACUGGAACUGUAAAAAUGGUUAUAUAUCGCGACGAAAAAUACAUUGAAGAAUUUGAAGUUGAAUUGCAGAAAAAAGCUGGAAAACCAUUAGGUUUAUAUCUUAAAGGCUAUAAAGACGGAAAAGGAGCUUACAUAUCCGAAUUGCUCGCCGGUGGAAUUGCAUUAGAAUCCGGCAAAUUGGCCUACGGAGAUCGUAUAGUUGGAGUUUGUGGAGAUGAUGUUAAAGAAAAACCUAUUGAAGAGAUUGUGAUUUUAAUAAAAGUAGCGAAUCCGGUGAAACUUAAAUUACAAAGAUAUAAACAUAUAAUAUCAUAUCAUAAGCAACUCGGGCUUCUGCUUCACGUUAAAGGAUACCAAGUACGAGAACAUCAGACCAAUGAUGAAGCAUAG